UUAUUUUAUCUUAGCGUUUAAAAAUAAUCAAACAAUAUGGGAAACGUGGACACUAAAUUGAAUUUUCGAAAGGCAGUAGUGCAACUCACAUCGAAAUCAGAGCCAAUCGACACGAGCGACGACGCUUUUUGGGAACAAUUCUGGUCCGAAAACGUAACGAACGUUCAAGAUAUAUUCACGUUGGUCCCAUCGGCGGAAAUAAGACAAUUACGCGAAGACGCGCCCACCAAUUUGGCCACAUUGUGUUAUAAAGCAGUCGAGAAACUAGUAAAAGCUGUGGAUAAUAGUUGUAGAACCCACCAAGAACAACUAACAGUUUUGAAUUGCUCUCGAUUGCUUACAAGAGUCCUACCGUACAUAUUCGAGGAUCCUGAAUGGAAGGAUUUCUUCUGGUCUUCGUUGCCUAGCCGUGAAGAAGACCAUGCAGAAUCAAUUCCUCUGGCCCAUUCCUUACUAAAUUCAUUAUGCGAGCUACUGUUUUGUCCGGACUUCACCGUAAUCCCCAGCAGAAAAAGCGGACCCGAUAAAGCCGAAGAAUUAUCGGCUAUAGACAGUUGCGAGUACAUUUGGGAAGCCGGCGUGGGUUUCGCUCACUCGCCCUCUCGAAAUCCCUCCUUCGAUUCGAAUCGAACGGAAUUAUUGAAACUACUUUUAACAUGCUUCAGCGAAACUAUGUACCACCCACCAGCGGACAUCAAAGAGAAUCCCAACAAAUGGAUACUACACCUUACAUCGGCCGAGAACAGGCACGCUCUACCCAUGUUCACUUCUUUAUUGAACACAGUUUGUGGAUACGAUCCCGUAGGAUUGGGAGUACCGUACAAUCAUUUACUGUUCAACGAUUCGUUGGAGCCUUUAGUGGAAGCCGCGCUGCAAAUUCUCAUCGUGACCCUCGAUCACGACACGAGCAAUUCGAACGCGGAAAGCGACGAUGUACCCUCGCCGGAUAAUUUGUUUAUAAACUACCUAUCUCGAAUACACAGAGACGAGGAUUUCAAUUUCAUUCUGACGGGCAUCACGCGCCUGCUGAACAAUCCAUUGUUGCAAACCUACCUGCCGAAUUCCACCAAGAAGGUGCACUUCCACCAGGAGUUGCUGAUUUUCUUUUGGAAAUUGUGCGAUUACAAUAAGAAAUUUUUGUACUUCGUUUUGAAGUCCAGCGACGUUCUGGAGAUACUCGUGCCGAUUUUGUACCAUUUGAACGACUCCAGAGCCGAUCAAUCGCGAGUCGGAUUAAUGCACAUAGGAGUUUUCAUAUUGCUUCUACUAUCGGGCGAAAGGAACUUCGGCGUGAGACUGAACAAACCCUACACCGCUACAGUUCCAAUGGAUAUACCGGUUUUCACUGGCACCCACGCCGAUCUAUUGAUCAUCGUGUUCCACAAAAUCGUAACCACCGGACACCAAAGACUCCAGCCUCUCUUCGAUUGCCUCCUCACCAUACUAGUCAACGUAUCUCCUUAUUUGAAAACGCUAUCGAUGGUAGCCAGUACGAAGCUACUGCACUUACUGGAAGCCUUCAGCACGCCCUGGUUCCUGUUCUCUUCGUCCUCCAAUCACCACCUGGUGUUCUUCCUGCUGGAGAUCUUCAACAACAUCAUCCAGUACCAGUUCGACGGCAACUCGAAUCUCGUGUACACCAUCAUCCGGAAGCGCCACGUGUUCCACAGCUUGGUCAAUCUGCCGGUGGAUUAUUGCACCAUAUCGAAAUCGGUGAACAAGCGGCCGAAGAAGAAGCUCUCGAGCACCAGCAUGGAGAACCUGUCGGAGCCCGUCAUGGUGGGCGCCCAUCCGGCGCUGCCCGCCGAGCCGGGCACGCUCAAGGCCACGCUGCCGGACACGCCGCAGAUCGCCCAAAUGACCGAGCGGGAGGCGGCCCACCAGCAGGAGGCUCACCUCGCUAACGGCGCGAGCGCUUUGAGUAUAAACGCAGACGAAACGAUGCAGGAGAACGAUAGCGAGAAGACUUCCGCGCCGACGACGCCUAAAUCGGAGUUUAAAAGAGCCGUGAAAUCGAGGAAUAGCUUGAGGGUGACGACGCCGGCGGAAGGGCGAAACGGGCAGUGGGUGCCCACCAGCGAGUGGGUGCAUUCGUGGAAGACGAAAUUGCCGUUGCAGACCAUCAUGCGGUUGUUGCAGGUGCUCGUGCCGCAGGUGGAGAAAAUAUGCAUCGAAAGGGGAGUGACUGAUGAGAGCGAGAUAUUGAAGUUCCUGCAGCACGGUACGCUGGUGGGUUUGUUGCCGGUGCCGCAUCCGAUUCUUAUCAGGAAAUAUCAGGCGAAUUCGGGGACUACCACUUGGUUUAGGACGUACAUGUGGGGCGUUAUUUAUUUGAGGAAUAUCGAUCCGCCCAUUUGGUACGAUACGGACGUGAAAUUGUUCGAAAUUCAACGUAUUUAAGUACUUAAUUAUUAAUGAUCUGUUAAUAUUUAUUAAUUGUAUUUGUAAGCAUUCCUUUAUUGUUUGUUUUAAUGCGGGUCUAUAAAAUACAGUAAUUUUUUAAGUAGUGCAUACAGGGUACUUCAAAAUAACGAAGAAAACUAGACAAUUUUCCAUUUUUUUGUUACCAUGUAUCUUUUUUUAUUACGCUGUAAAAAGACAUUUUUUUAAGGACUGCUUAGAAAUUUUUAAUCAAAUUGUAUUUAUUUUAUCGUAAGAUUCCAUAACGUACUUUAUAUUUUGUAGGCUAGCAAUUUUAUACUGGGUGGUUCAGAAUUAUUUAACCUUUUAAUCAAAAUCACAUUUUACCAAUUACUAUUCUAAAUCACCCAUUAUACAUAAUUAAUAAAUGCAUUUAUUUU